AAGCAAAAUGCCACGUGUACUAUAUGUAUCAGCUGAAGUUUAACAUCUCACCUGCAUGCCUGAAUUCCACUUAAUCAUGUCACCCGGCCUCAUGCAACCAUAAGGUUGCUGCUUCUGUACAGAGCACAACCUGUGACAUGUUGAGGCUUUUUAAAAAGGAAGUGGUGAUCGAGGCUCAGGACAUCACACCGCUAUUCAGACCGUUUGACAGUUAGUCAACAUCCCGACGACAUGAAGGUUUCAUCUGCCUCUCUGCUCCUCGACCUCGCUGUUCUGCUGCUGUCCGGACCGACAGUUUGUGCAGUCUUUCUGGAUGCGAGUCCGAACCGUCUGCAGUUCCUGACAGAGGAGUCCGUCUCUCUGCGCUGUGAGGAGGGACAGCAGAGCUUUGCUGGAUGGACAGUGAGGAGGACAGUGAAGGGGAGGACACAGAGGUGUGGUGACGGUGCAGGAGAUUUUGGGCGUCUUCACAAAUCCUCCUGCAUCAUCUCAGUCCUCUCCUCAUCAACGGACAGCGGAGUUUACUGGUGUGAAAACAACGACGGGCAGAAGAGUCCCGAGCUCAGCAUCACUGUGUCUGAUGUGAUCCUGGAGAUUCCUCUGCGUCCCGUGAUGACAGGAAGUGACGUCACACUGCGCUGCAGAGCCAGAGACGGGUCCGUAGGCAAAGCUUAUUUCUUCAUGAAUGGUGUCAAGCGUGGGUCGGGACAUAAAGGAGAAUUCACCAUCAGCAAAGUCAAACAGAGUGAUGACGGGUUCUACUCUUGUUCCACCGAUCUGAGCGGAUCGUCUUCGCAGAGCCGGCUGGCGGUCAGAGAUCUUUCUCCUCCCACCACUCCCCGCCACUCUACACUUUCUCCUGAUACUCUUUCUCCUCCUCAUCCUCCUCCCACCCCUCCCCACCACUCUACACUUUCUCCUGAUACUCUUCCUCCUCCUCCUCCUCCUCCUCCUCCUCCUCCGCCCUCCCCUCUCGCCUCCCUCCUCCUCCAGGUUGUGGCGGCUCUGGUCUCGCUGAUGGUUGUGGUUUUGUUCCUGGCUGGAGUUCUGCUGCUCUGUAGGAAACAAACGGGUAUGAAGGUUGUCGCCACCAGGGUAACGGUUCCUCAAAGCCUGGCUGUUCUGCUGCUGUCUGGACUGACCGUUUCUGCAGGCGUCUUCCCUCCCCCCUCUGUGUCGCUGCAGACACUGCUCUGCCAUCUAGUGGUCUUCUGUCCGUACUGCGUGUCCACUGUCCUAAUGAUAUCCAUCUACUGCAGCAGGAGGACAGGAAACAAACGACCUGUCUCCAUUGAGAUGGCCAAGCGCAUCGCUAGUGAAGAUUAUGUCAACGUCACAGCUGAUGACGCCACUGAGCACGACUUCUGA